AUGUCUUCUUUUCCGCAGCUGGCCCCGCCGGGUUCGAGUACCUACUCGUCAAAUACUUUGCACGUCGGGGAUGGAACAUGGGAUUCACAACGGAAUACCUUCCUUUUGCCGAAUCUGAUGGGCUUGAAUUUUGAGACUAUGCGAUAUAAUGGCAUGGGAAACAGGUUUCGGGAAAUGGCUGGCUACCAUUCCUUAAUUCGAGCUCACGGUGUUAUCGCUGCCAUUACGUUUCUAUGCCUCAUUCCGACCGCCAUAUUAAUGGCCCGUUUCUAUUCUCCAUCCCCAUUUUGGGCGUUGAGAUACCACAUAUGGCUCCACAUUCUCUCCCUGUUUUUGUCAACGGUUGUUUUCGUUUUAGGAUGGUUUGCUGUCGGGCCUGAAAGGAGUUUAACAAAUCCCCAUCAUGGAAUCGGGUUGGCCAUAUACGUUUUGAUCAUUUUUCAGACACUUUGGGGCUGGUUUGUGCAUAAGCGAACAAAGGGAAAGCGGUUGUUCCAUAUGCCCUUGAAGAUUAUGCUCCACAAAUGGCUCGGUCGAGUCAUUGCAUUACUUGGAAUUGCCCAGAUACCCCUUGGGCUUACUCUUUAUGGAUCGCCAUUGGCUCUAUUCGUCCUCUACACCCUCGCAGUCUUUACCCUGGUCGUCAUUUAUUUCAUCCUAACAUACCUCCAUGAGCGUCGGAUGGGCGUAGACUAUGACAGUCGUGGAAGUUAUAUGUCAGGUCCCGAAGUCGUAGAAGAUGGCCACGGUCACAGCAACUUCGGCCGUCUCGCAACCGCUGGAGCUGCAGGGACGAAUCGGACACAACACCUCGACCCGCACCGUGAUGACGAAAAAAGUGAUCACCACCAUGGCGGGGGUGGGUGGGGAAAACGCCUCUUCUUCCAAAUAGGUGCCCUUGCUGGUGCUGCGGGUCUGGCGGAAAAGUAUUUUGAUAAACGCCGUGAACGGGAGAGUGAUACCGAGUCGGGAAGAUACGAACCAGCACAUGGAAAUGGACAAGGUAAUACCCAACAUGACAGCCUCUAUGAUGAUUCCUCGGUUCAGAUCGCGGAAGCAAGACCGCGGCCUAGCCAUCCACGGCCAUACGAUGGGCCUCCCAGCCGCCCACCAAGUAUAGGAUACACCGACAGCGGAUAUCUAGAGGAGAGCGAGCGAGGCCAUGGGGUCCGUAACGCACUUUUUGGCGCGGGUGCAUUCGCUGCACUGAGAAAUAUUUUCAAAAGUCGUGAGAGAAGAGAGCAGGAUCGAGUCGAAGAGCUUCGGCGGCAGGAUAUUGAAAACGAGCGAAGAGCGAGGCAAAGUACGAAUCAUCGGAGAUACACAGGUGAUGGCCAACCUCCGCUGUCGCGUAGAACUGCUGGGCGGAGAAACUCAUUCAGUACUGAGAUGUCAGAGAGUACAGAUCCUCACGUCGCCCCUCCUCCAGGUGAUAUUCCCCCAAUUCCACCCAUUCAUCAUCACCACCAUCAUCAUCAUCGCACUGCCUCCGGAUCAGACACUGUAACAUCAAUUGGUGGUGUUGGCGGUGAUGGGAAGCAGCCUCAAAGAUCAUCAGCAGCAUCAGCAGCGACAGCGACAGCAAACUCCGGCCGCCGCCGGAGAGGUCGCGACCAAUCCGUCGAAUCUGAGCCCGUCUCCAUCAACGUGAAAUUCCACAAUGACAAGGGCCGCCGUGUAACUCUCCGCCGCCUGACACCAGAAGAGGCAGCUGCGUCACGGAGAGCGAAGAAAAGGGAUCCUCACCGGUCCAGUCACCGGAGGCAUGGGAGUGUCAGCUCGCUCUCAGGCCAUGAGGGAACGGACGAUCAUUGGCGCCGUGUCGAAGAGCGGGAACGCAUGCAGCAAGAGCAGAUGGAUGUUGCUGCUGUGGCGUCUAGUGGCGGCGGCGGUCUCGGAGGAGGUGGUGCUUCCACCGCCGCGCCAGCUUCGACUCUAGGACCACCAACACCGACGCCGAUACGCAGCUACUCCGGUGUUCCACCACCUGGCGGCAGUAUCUACUCCAGCCCAUUGCCACCUCCCCCACAUAUACCUGGUGCUACUGCUCCGUCAAGUUACCUCAACUCUCCUCCACCUGGCAGUACUGAUUUGAGUAGCCACGCCAGUAAGAGAGAGCGGAGGAGGGCAGAGAGGAGGACGAUGUCAAGGCAAGGGAGGCAUAAUGUGGAGUUUACUUGA